GAAACUGUACUACAGUCAGUAGCCCCGGUGCACCUCGCAGCCACCGUAGGAGGAAGUACGCCCUCGUCGGCCCAAACAGCUUCCCUUCUCUUGCAGCCGCGCUCCCCAGAUACCGGCACGCUAGCUCGCCUACACGAUGGCCGAAGGAGGCGGACCCGACUCGGGCGGCUCGGCGGACUCCGACCCGGAUAUGCCAACCGCAUCCACGGAUAACCAAAAACAGGCUAUUGGCUCACUACUUAAGACCUCACUGAAAAAGGGCGACGAAUGGUAUCUAGUGGACAGCCGCUGGUUCAAACAAUGGAAGAAAUAUGUAGGCUUUGACAACUGGGACAUGUACAAUGUUGGAGAGCGUAGCCUAUAUCCAGGACCUAUUGAUAACUCGGGCCUGUUCUCUGACCAGGACAAACAGGUCUUGAAAGAGCACCUCAUUGAUGAGCUGGACUAUGUUCUUGUACCCACGGAAGCAUGGACUAAGCUUGUCAGCUGGUAUGGCUGCCUAGGUGCCCAAAGACCUAUUGUCAGAAGGGUUGUUGAACAUGGCAUGUUUGUCAAACACUGCAAGGUGGAGGUCUACUUGCUAGAGCUGAACCUGUGCGAAAAUGAUAACAUGGACAAUGUGGUCACUCGGUACUUCAGUAAAGCUGAUACUAUUGAUACCAUAGAAAAAGAGAUGAGGACACAAUUCAGUAUUCCACCAGAAAAAGAAACAAGGCUGUGGAACAAAUAUAUGAGCAACACCUACGAGCAGCUGAACAAACCUGACAGCAGUGUACAGGAUGCUGGACUCUUUCCGGGGCAGGUGCUUGUGAUUGAGCGCAGGAAUGAAGAUGGAACAUGGCCAAGGCAAGCCUCUCAUUCCAAGUCCAGUACAAACCCAUCUAGGACUUUCACCACCUCCCCAAAACUGUCCUCUAACUCGUCUGCCAGUGUCUCGCCCACAGUCACCAAUGGAAACAGCAGCUGCGGGGCUGGUUACACGCUCAACAACAGUGCCACGUCUGGCAGCAGGCAGGGACUGGGGGGUUAUAAUUCCUACAGCUCCUCCUACAACUACAGAGAAUCCCAGUCCCAGCCUGGCCUGUGCGGUCUCAGUAAUCUAGGCAACACAUGUUUCAUGAACUCUGCUCUCCAGUGCCUGAGCAACACGUCACCGCUCACCGAAUAUUUCCUAAACGACCAGUACGAGUACGAGAUUAACCGGGGCAAUCCACUGGGAAUGCGGGGUGAGAUUGCAGAGGCCUACGCUGAUCUAGUGAAGCAGAUGUGGCUCAGCCGCAGCAGUUCAGUGGCCCCACGCACCUUCAAAACACAGGUGGGGCGCUUUGCGCCCCAGUUUUCAGGCUAUCAGCAGCAAGAUUCCCAAGAACUUCUGGCCUUCUUGCUUGAUGGGCUCCAUGAAGAUCUGAACCGUGUGAAGAAAAAGCCAUAUUUGGCCCAAAGGGAUGCUGAGGGUCGUCCUGAUGAGAUCGUCGCUACAGAAGCCUGGACAAACCACCGCUUACGCAAUGACUCAAUCAUUGUUGAUAUCUUUCACGGCCUCUUCAAAUCCACUCUGGUGUGUCCGGAGUGUUCAAAGGUGUCUGUGACCUUUGACCCUUUCUGCUACCUCACUCUGCCUCUGCCCAUGAAGAUCGAUCGUAGUAUGGAGGUCAUCCUUGUGCGAGCGGACCCACAGUCCAGACCCACACAGUAUCGAGUUGUAGUUCACAAAGUGGGCAACGUAAUGGAUUUGUGCUGCGCCUUGUCCAGACUCUGUGGAAUUCCUCCAGAAAAUAUGGUGGUGGCUGAUGUUUAUAAUUGCAGGUUCCACAAAAUUUACAGAAAGGAUGAUACCCUCAGUCAAAUUAUGGAUAAAGAUGAGAUCUAUGUAUAUGAAGUGCAGGAGGAGGAUGGUGAGACAAUGAACCUGCCAGUCUAUUUUAGGGAGCGACAUUCAAAACAAGCUGCAAGCUCCGCCAGCACUAUGCUCUUUGGCCAGCCUUUACUCAUCACUGUGCCCCGUCAAAACCUCAUAGCAGACGUUCUUUAUGAAAAGAUCCUUCAGAGGAUUGGGCGCUAUGUAAAACACCCACAGAGUGGAGGGACUGAAAGUAGAGCAUCAGCUUCAGCCACCUUUGCCAGCUGCAGUCAAGUUCCUGAAUGUUCCACAUCAUCCAGUCCAAAUGCCAUCUUAGGUGGCUGCAGCAGUCCUCUAUCAGAGGGGGCCACCUGCAGUGCCAGUUCAAGUAACUGCAGUAACCGCUCAGAAACUUGCGCUGAAACCAACGGCGUAUAUGAUGGGGAGGAUGAGGCCAUGGAUCACCAGGUCAGUCCUGAUUCACAAAAUGGCCAGUCUGAAGAGGAGACAUCUGAUUUGGAAAACGGGACAAGAGAGGGAGAAGCAAAGGCAGGCUCCCUAUCAUCCAAACUCUUUACCUUCAGUGUUGUCAACUCUUAUGGAACAGCCAACAUCAGCCCUCUGCCAUGUGACGGGAACAUCCUCAAACUUAACCCACAUUCCACUGUGGCUAUCGACUGGGACACUGACUCCAAGAAGAUGUGUUAUGAUAAGCAGGAAGCAGAGGCGCGUGAAAAGCAUGAGAGCAUGCUCCAGCCCCCCAAAAAGAAAGCCUCUGUAGCUCUGAGAGAAUGCAUCGAGCUUUUCACAACCAUGGAGACGCUUGGAGCUCAUGACCCAUGGUAUUGUCCCACAUGCAAGAAACAUCAGCAGGCCACGAAAAAAUUUGACCUGUGGUCAUUGCCUCGUAUCCUGGUCGUUCACCUGAAACGCUUCUCUUACAAUAGGUGCUUGAGGGACAAACUGGACACAGUUGUGGAUUUUCCUAUCAAGGAUUUGGACAUGUCAGAGUUUUUAUCCGACCCCAAGGCUGGGCCUCACACAUAUGAUCUUGUUGCUGUGUCCAAUCAUUAUGGAGGAAUGGGCGGAGGUCACUACACUGCGUACGGCAAGAAUAAAGUGGACGGAAAGUGGUAUUACUUUGACGACAGCAGUGUCUCGCCUUCUUCGGAGGAUCAGAUUGUGACUAAAGCAGCCUACGUGCUAUUCUAUCAGCGGAGGGAAGAGGAUGGCCUCAGCAAAACGCAGCCUUCUGCCUCGCUGGGAGGAGCCCCUGACGCUGCUGAGGACGACAUGGACUUAAAUUGAGCUCAUGGCGCCAAACAUACACGCAUACGCUGCUUUAGUGACAAAGACCAUCAAUGUUAUCCCAACCAUAACAAUACUUAGAUUUACGUCUACUAUGGCGUCAGUCGACCAGAGAGAAAAUUAAGUUAGUCAAGAGGAGAAACUUUGUUGCUGUGGAUGAACAAAAGCUUGAUGCCCACAAAGCAGAAUUUCUUCUUAGAAGCCAAAUGCGAAGCUUGUCUCAACCAAAGUGUUCCAAGGUAUGUAUAAAAGUUGGUCUAGAUGAGCCUGCUGUGAGAUUUCAACUCCAUUUUCUGGACAUUACUUGAGCCAAAACGAGCAGCUUGUCCCACACAGACACACAGGACUUUAGUUGUGAUCUCACUGCAAAAAGUGGCCUUUAGUUUGGAUAAAGAGGCACGUUGACUUCUUGGUGAAUUCAACCCAUACCUUCUUCUAGUGUGCAACCUGGACAUUAUGGGUUUUUGUGAUCUGUCAUACAUUUCUGGACCUUUUUGCAAAAGGCUUAGGAUAAAUUAUGUAUACGAUUGCAGUGCAGUAAAGAAAUGACUACGGUAUGUUGUUUGAGAUCUUGCAAGCACACAGAUUUAGGAGACACAAAAUUGAUCCUGACAGUCUGCAAAUUAUCGUAUGGAGGCAGGGCUAGAAGCAUCCAGUCAAAAUCUUACACGGCUCUCCCAGUUUGAAUAGCUAUAUCAUACUAGUGUCUAUGAUGAACGAUCCCAUUAAGCACAAUUAGUGAAUGUUGGAUUGUGCUCUGAUUGUAAGGCACUUAAGGUUUUGUAGUGGUGGAUAAAUGAAUUGUCACCAUCAUAUAGGUCGUCUUGUACUGGACGAACUCCACUACUUUCCAUUUGCCAAUGACAUGUCCUAUAUGUAGUAAUCUUAAUUCAGAAGCUAAAACAAUCAGUGAUUUUGGGUCACCAAAUCCAAAAGGAUCCAACCUAACUGAAGAUAUGUAAAUAAUCACGCUAUUUUAAAUAGGUGUAAACAUUCUUGUCCUCAUAUUUAUCAUGCUGAUAUCUACAGGAUUUGUUUUUAAAUUGAAAUGUUUGAAGUCAAACUACAAUAAAGACUGGAUGCCUCGACAAUAA